UGCCUAUAUUCUGUUCCUCUCUCAGAGUAUUGAUAUUUGUGAGUUAGGUGCUCACAGCACCUUGAUUUUCUCGCACAGAGAUGGCGGCCAAUUUAGCAAUGACCGGUAUACUAGAAAAGAUGACAGGCAAGGAUAAAGAUUACAGAUAUAUGGCAACAUCUGAUUUGCUAAACGAGUUAAACAAAGAUAGUUUUAAAGCUGAUUCUGAUCUGGAGAUAAAAUUGUCAAAUAUAAUCAUACAACAGCUUGAUGAUGCAGCAGGAGAUGUUUCGGGAUUGGCAGUGAAAUGUCUUGCUCCAUUGGUCAAGAAGGUGAGUGAAGCACGUGUUGUGGAGAUGGCUAAUAAACUCUGUGAUAAACUGCUAAACGGGAAGGAUCAACAUCGGGACAUUGCUAGCAUAGCUUUGAAAACAAUAGUUGCUGAAGUUGCAACACCAUCUCUCGCCCAAUCAAUUCUUGUUGCAGUCACGCCACAAUUGAUAAAAGGAAUUAAUGGCCCCGGCCCGAGUACAGAGAUUAAGUGUGAAUGUCUCGAUAUCUUAUGUGAUGUCCUCCAUAAAUUUGGUAAUCUAAUGGCAGCCGACCACGAACUACUUUUAUGUGCUUUGUUGCCCCAGUUGAAUUCCAAUCAAGCUAGUGUUCGAAAGAAGACCGUGUCUUGUAUUGCAUCUCUUGCUUCAAGCUUGUCAGAUGAUUUGCUGGCUAAGGCAACAAUUGAAGUUGUUAGGAACUUGAGAAAUAGGGGCAGAAAAUCGGAAUUGACCCGCACAAACAUUCAAAUGAUUGGUGCUUUGAGGUGA